AUGUUCGAUGCAAUCAAGAUGUACUUGGAUUGCAUAGGAGCAAUCUUUGCAGUGGUCAAGGCUACGAAUGGGGCGAGCCGAUUGAGUGCCUACAUGCUUCGGGAUGCGAUCCUUAAGUUCUACACCAAUAACCACUUGUUUCCGGCUGGGCUAUGUGCAGAUGCUGAGUGUACCCAAACCUGGGCUUUGAAGUAUGGCAAUGCCUUGAAGAGGCUAGUUGGCCGCACCCGGCGGAUUUGCAAGAGGGCCAGGACUUCCAAGGUGUGCAAUGACAAGGGUGACAAAGAUCAUGAUGAUGACGACUCGAAUGAUGGUGUGCCUGCUGCACCUGCGCCGGGGCUUCGGAUGCUUUCCUUUGAAACCCUGUCUUUGACUUCGGGGUCCAGUGGCUCCUCCUCGUCGGGUACGCUGUCGAGCUGCCUGUCGGUCCGUGAUUCUGAGGUCAGUCGUUUGGCUUCGCAGCUUCAGGGUCUUCGUUUGCUGAGCAAGGACUCUCCGGAGGGUCCGAGUGUCGGGUCCAGUGUCUCGACUACGGUGACUACGGCAAGCUUGUUUGACUUUGCUGCGAAAACCGAUUCGAAGCCUGCUGAUAUCCCCGCCGGCAAUAAGAUCCUGCCUUCCCGGGUUUUCGCUGACCUCUCCACGUGGCUGCCUGAACCUUCCAAAGGGUUCCCCUUGUCCAGCCAGUACGCAGGGGCCUUCGAUGCUGAGGAUGUUGAUGGUGUUCAUGACGAAGCGCCUGAGGAUAAGCCCAAAUCGAAGAAGCCGAAGAGGAAGCCAGGUUCCAAAAAAACGGGGCCCACGAAGGCUGAGAAUCUGGAGAGCAAGCCAGGUUCCAGAAACACGGGGCCCGAGGCUGAGAAUCUGAAGAGCAAGCCAGGUUCGAGAAACACGGGGCCCGAGAUUGCAAAGGAGCCUGCUGAACCGCUGGACCCCGAUUUCGAACCUUACCUGCCGAACCUCUACAGCGAGAAGCGAUUGGCUUACAUAGAGGCUCAUGCUGUGCAGUAUGGCAAGAAGGAGGCGUCUCAGAUGUGGAACACGUGCCUUCAGAAGGCUAAGAUGCUGGCAGGUGUGGGCCUACGGGAGCUUAAGAAGAGGAAGUUCGUUCCCAAAGAAGCCACCGAAAAUCCAUUUGUCAAGGUCGUCAAGCAGGCGAAGCUUGCUGCAGCGGGACUCCGUGGCACCUCCCUCGACAUCGAGCUGGAUCCGCAGACGAUGGAUUUCCUGAAGCCGGUCUGGACUGGAGGCUUCUGGAUGGGUAUGUUCGAUGGGAACUACACGAGGAACUUUGGUGAGUUCCUGGCUGGUGCCUUCCUGCACCUCCGGUCGGAGCCCUUCGUUCCUGAGAACCGCCUCCCGGGAUUGCGAGCUGAUGAUCUACGGAAAUCCGAUUAUGAGCUCUUCGUGCAGGCAAAAGCCAUCGAUGUACUUAUGUAUAUGUCCAAAUCAAAAUCCUUGGAGCUCCCUGGAAAUUGGGCCAAUGUGCUCUCGAUGAUCGGCUUGGGUGGCUGA